GCUGCCUGCCAGGUAGGCCAGAAGAUCCCUGCAAGGGACUUCAGGCACCCUCAGCUUGUGCUUCAGGGUCUGCUGUGUUCUACUCGACCCCGCCCUGCCCUCACAUUCACCCUUUUGUCAGCAGUGUCCUUUGGGCUACCAGGCAUCCCUGAUUCAGUGGUGAGGAGUUCCAUCCGGACGGGGCGUCCAGCCCAACAGGGAGGCACACACCUAUCCCUCCAGAUGGAUCUGCUGGUACAGGAGCAGGGCCUCCAGCUGGCCAAGGACCGCAGAGACAAAAGGGUGGGCUUGAGCAUCUGUCUGCCCAGGUGGGCACACACUUAUACCUCCGGAUGGACCUCCUGUUACAGGAGCAGGGCCUCCCACUGGCCAAGGACCCACAGACAAAAGGAAAGGCUUGUGUACAGAGGUUUUUGGACAAUCUUCAUUAUAUUAGGUGCUGCUUCUAGUCUCUCAGGGGGAUUUCUGCUGGUGUAUGGGGUACCCUUUGCCAGUGCUGGCUGUUAUAAAGUUGGAGGUGGCUUUCUGAUGAUCUCAGGGGCCCUGUUUAGCCUGAUCCUCAGUCUGUUCGUACUAUGGAAGGAAUAUGCUGUUGAUUUUCCAAAAUAUAUAUCUAUAGAAAGGAGCAAUAAGUGUGUCCCAGAAAAUGUCCUCAUUGAUGUCAAAUAUGGAUGGUCUUUCAUAUUUGCUGCUUUUGGAACUCCCUUUGUAUGUAUAUCAGGAAUUAUUUUUCAUUUAAUUGGCCGACAGCUUGAGGAGUUUCAGAAAUGAACAAGAUAAAAUGAAGAGACCAUAGUGAAAUCUGCUCAGAUUCGUGAAGGAUGCUUCUACAAAACAAAUUCAAGACUUGGAGCUCAGCCAAGCAAUAGGAGAUUAUUUACUAUCAGUACACAUAUGCAGCAUGACAUUGCCAAAUGGAUGCAAUUUGCACAAGGGGUACUACAAAGGAAAAUUCAGAAGAGAAGCAAUUUCUAAGGAAACUUGUGUAACCUGAAAUCUGCUGUCUAGAUACAGAGAUAAAAUCGUUGGCUUUGGGUUGUGAAACAUAUCACAAAUACUUACAAGAGUGAGUAUGACCUUAAACUCUCUGGUGCUAUUAUUUAAUUUACAGACUACCCAAAGUUAGUCCAACUUAUAGUAAAGCUUUUCUUUUUAAGGAGUUAAGUUUGAAUCAUUUCAUUUAUUUGAAAUAAACAAUUGACCAUAGCUAACACACAAGGGCAGCUAUGACUCAUUUUCCUCUAAAAGCUUGGAAAUUUGAAGAAAAGAAUGCAGAAUUUUUUCUUCUUGUUUCUUAAUAGGUAAACUUCAACAUCAGUUAAUGCAGGAACAUUUCAAUUGGAUGGAUUAACAUAGUUAUAUAUGGAAAAUCAACUAUGUGUAUUCUUAUGUCCCACAUCACAUAUUCUUCCAACACAAAUCCAUAUUUGAACAAGAGAUUUAUGAAAAUACUGCAAAAUAUAGACUAUUACAUUUGAAUAAAUAUGAUUAAUUGUCAUAUUUUCAUUCUGAACAAAACGGCCUCUUGUGGCUAAGGGAUAAUUAUAUCCAGAGAAGGUGGAUUCUGGUCUGCAAGAUGAUUGAAAGGGUUGCAUCUAUUUCAUUAUUUAAAUCAUAUCUAUUUAUUAUUGAACUAUUUCUAUUUGUCCUUAAAAGUCUCAGCAGAAUUAAUAUGUCUUAGUUCAACUAAAUGGAAACCUGAUGGGAAAGUCUUAUGUUAAUUUUUAAUUUAUAGAAAAAUCUAAAAUAAAAUAAUCAAAUUACAAUCACCAAUAAGAUAAAAGUUAACCUAUGAUGUUUGAAGAUCAUAUAUAUAU